AUGCCCUGCGAGCGACUCCCUCUCCUCGUCCUCGAUCUUCCCCUCGUCGUCGUCCGCUCCUCCAUCAACGCUACCCAUCGCACGCAGCAUCCUGCCUCUAUCCGUCAUCUGCUCUCCGCCGUCCUGCAGCCCGCCAACUCGCCGCAGCUCCGCGCCUUCGCCGCCCCAGCCUUGCGACUCCCCCAUAGGUCCACUCCCUCGUGCGGCCGUUUGCCUCCCUACCCCCCGGCUUGCAACCUCGACCACUUCUCCUCAACCCGCCCACCGCUCUGCGACUUGUUCGACCCGUCAUCGCUGCCACUGCGGAUGCGCCUGAUUCCGUGCACCGACGAAUGCACACGGCUCCUCAAGGCUUGA